CCUUUUCACCUGCACCAACACCUACUUAGUCUCUUAGAGAAAGGCAAGAAAAGUCAUCAGCAGAAGACCCAAAUUUCCUACAUAUGCUAGCUGGUUCUAACUUUUUAGACUAAAAAAAUUGCAGUAUCGGCAUCCCUUGAAGUCAUGUCAUCUCUGUUAAUUCACAAGAUCAAGCUACUCAGCUUGGUGUUAAUUUUCAGCGUAGCUACAAAAGUAGCUGGCAGAUUAAGCGCCGAAACGGAUCAGCAAGCAUUGCUUUCCUUCAAGGACCUUAUAACCAAGGAUCCGCUUGGCUCCUUAAGUUCCUGGAACAAUUCACUCCAUCUCUGCGAAUGGGAUGGAGUAACGUGUAGUCGCCAGCAUCAGAGAGUAGUGGUUCUGGACUUGAGGGGAAAAAGCCUGAGUGGGAUCAUAUCACCUUUCCUUGGAAACCUCUCCUUCCUGAGAUCCAUUAACCUCCAAGACAACAAAUUUAACGGCAAAAUUCCCCGAGACCUCAGCCGUUUGUUCCGGCUGCAGCAUCUAAAUCUCAGUGGUAAUUUCAUUCAAGGGGAAAUUCCGGCCAAUUUGUCAAAUUCCCUCCGUGUUGUUGAUUUAUCGUUUAAUGAACUGGUUGGAAAAUUGCCGGCAUCAUUUGUUUCUUUCUCCAAUCUCACUUUUAUUGGGCUUUACACCAACAAUCUCAUCGGAGGGAUUCCACCAUCUCUCGGUAACCUCUCUCUCCUCCGAACAAUAAGAUUGGGGCGUAAUAGUAUCACAGGAACUAUUCCAUAUUCCAUCGGUCGGCUUCCCAACCUUCAGGUAUUCGGCAUUGGAUUGAAUAAAUUGUCAGGUACUGUCCCUCCCCCACUUUAUAAUAUCUCAACUCUCACGCAGCUAAUCAUUCCAGCUAACCAACUUACCGGCAGUUUACCCCAUGAUAUUGGCCUCACUCUCCCCAACCUCCAAAGUAUAAGCGUUGCGGAAAACCAAUUUUGGGGACCCAUUCCAGUUUCUCUUUCUAAUGCAUCCAGGUUGGAAUACCUUGAUCUAUCGCAAAAUAACCUUUCCAGGCCCGUUCUCUUUGACCUAGGGAGAAAAAUGAAGGAUCUAGUGUGGUUAAAUCUGGGUGAUAACAAUUUAGGCUCCGCGGAUGCUAGGGACUUGAGGUUCAUCGAUUCGUUAACUAACUGCAGCAAGCUACAAAAAUUGGCUUUCGCUGGAAAUGGUUUUGGUGGUGUUUUACCCACUUCCAUAGCCAAUCUCUCAAGUCACCUCAAUUUGUUAGUAGCAGGACGGAACCAGCUUGUUGGAAACAUACCCGCGGGAAUUUCUACUUUAGUCAACUUAGCUGCACUUGGUUUGGAAGAAAACCUUUUUUCGGGUGUCAUUCCCUUUGAAAUAGGGAAGCUUAGAAACCUCGAAUUAGUAAGUUUCCAUAAAAACAAAUUGUCCGGUCCGAUCCCAGAAAGCAUUGGAAAUCUCACUCGAAUAUUUGGGCUAGACCUUGAGGGGAACAACUUCAAUGGAACCAUUCCUUCAAGUAUUGAAAACAUCCUGGGCUUGCAAACCUUGGAUCUCUCAAAUAAUUUCUUAACUGGUCCCAUACCCAAAACAGUAGGCCUUUUCUCCACUUUAACCUUCAUGAACUUGGCUCAUAACGCUUUUAUUGGUGUCCUGCCACUCGAAAUCGGGAAAUUGAACAAUCUCCAAGAACUAGAUGUUUCGGAGAACAAGUUGUCUGGACAUAUUCCUAGUACUCUGGGAAGUUGCUUGAAAUUGGAAGCCCUUUUUCUAGAGGGCAACACGUUUCAGGGUAGUAUUCCUCCCUCUUUUAGCUCCUUGAAAGGAAUUGAAAGUCUGGAUCUUUCACGCAAUAACUUGUCCGGCCAAAUUCCAGAAGAUCUAGCUGCCCUCGUUGUUUUAAAGAAUCUGAACUUGUCCUUUAACAACUUGGCUGGUGAGGUGCCCUCGCAAGGUGUCUUUGGAAACUUGAGUACAAUUUCACUUGUUGGGAACAAAGGGCUUUGUGGAGGCAUUGCAGAAAUGCGAUUACCUGCUUGCCCAAUGUCCAAGAAGAAGGGGAAUCGCUUUGUCUUUAAAAUUAUUGUUCCAUUUGCUUGCGUGAUCCUGUGUCUUUCACUGGUGCUAUUUUUUGUUGUCCUUCUUAGGAAAAGAAAACAAAAAAACAAAUCUCUCGCCCAACCAUUCAUCGGAGACGAUUACUUGAGGGUUUCAUACGAUCAGCUUGUUAAAGCUACUGGUGGAUUCUCUUCAUCAAACUUAAUUGGAGCUGGAAGUUUUGGCACCGUGUACAAAGGAAUUCACCAUGAAGGCAAAAAACUGAUUGCAGUCAAGGUGCUCAAUCUUGAACAAAGAGGAGCUUCCAAGAGCUUCAUGGCUGAAUGUGAAGCUCUAAGGAACACAAGGCAUAAAAAUCUUCUUAAGAUUAUAACAGUGUGUUCAAGUGUAAACCAUGCAGGUGAUGAUUUUAAAGCACUAGUUUUUGAGUACAUGCCCAACGGAAGUUUAGAGUUGUGGUUGCAUCCAGGGAAAGAUACACCACACCAAGAAUGGAACUUAAGUCUUUCCCAAAGGCUAAACAUAGCAAUUGAUGUUGCAUGUGCCUUAGAAUACCUUCAUCACCAUUGUGAAACUCCAAUUGUUCACUGUGAUCUAAAGCCAAGCAAUGUUCUCAUUGAUGAAGACAUGAUUGCCCAUGUGGGGGACUUUGGGCUGGCAAAGUUUCUCACCAUAAAUAGCAGUAAAAAUGAUGGUGGACAGACAAAUUCACUUGCAAUCAAAGGCUCUAUAGGAUAUGUUGCCCCAGAAUAUGGAAUGGGAGGGAGGACAUCGAAAGAAGGAGAUGUUUACAGCUACGGGAUUCUUUUAUUGGAAAUGCUGACAGGAAAAAGACCAACACAUGAAUUCUUUGCAAAUGGACAAAGCCUUCGUGAAUUUUGUAUGUUGGCACUGCCAGAGAGAGUGAUGGAGAUUGUGGAUCUGCACAUGCAACUAGAAGAACCUACUAAAGUUGAAAACGAUGCUCAAAACGAAAAAGUUAGACAAGCCAAAAUAAGAGAAAGCUUAAUUUCCCUUGUGAGGAUUGGGAUUGCAUGUUCUGCAGAAUCCCCUGGCCAGAGGAUGAACGUCAAGGACGUGAUCAUAGGAUUAACGACAAUAAAGGAAGUAUUAGUUGGAGUAGAUAUCCAUGCCGGAAGACAACUGAGGAUGCGACUCAGUGGUGAAGGAACUUCUCAAGAAUAGCUACUAAGAGUACCCCGGGAGGAAUUGACAAUGCGGAAGAUGCUUCGAACAUCGAAGUGCAAUCAUUUAGUUAGAAAGGCCAAAACCCAAAUGUGCAGGCUGGUUUGUUUAUCGUAUGUAAGUUGGGAAGAAUAAAAGAAGAAGAAGGUGAAAGUGCUGUCCUGUAUGUAAUUUUGGGUCUUCAAGUACUCAUAGUUGUGUGAAUUUAAUAUCAUAUGUAUGUAAAACAUAUCAAAUCAUGAGGAACUUUAUUGGUUUGGUAGGAAAUGUAACAUUUAGGAACUUUAUUGGUUUC